CAGACGCGAGUGGCGGACGCGCGGUGCGGGCGCUCAGGCCGUGCCCGGCGGGGCCCACGCGGCAACCGCGCGCCCAGCGCGGCCCGGCUAGGCGACGCAGGGGCUGGGUCGGCCCGGCCAUGCCGCUGGAGGCGGAGGAUGCGCUGUACGUGGCGCUGGAGCUGGCCAUCGCCGCGCUGUCGGUGGCGGGCAACGUGCUGGUGUGCGCGGCGGUGGGCACGUCGAGCGCGCUGCAGACGCCCACCAACUACUUCCUGGUGUCCCUGGCGGCAGCCGACGUGGCCGUGGGGCUGUUCGCCAUCCCCUUUGCCAUCACCAUCAGCCUGGGCUUCUGCACCGACUUCCACAGCUGCCUCUUCCUCGCCUGCUUCGUGCUGGUGCUCACGCAGAGUUCCAUCUUCAGCCUCUUGGCCGUGGCCGUCGACAGGUACCUGGCCAUCCACGUCCCGCUCAGGUAUAAGAGUUUGGUCACUGGGACUCGAGCGAGAGGAGUCAUUGCUGCCCUCUGGGUCCUCGCCUUUGGCAUCGGACUGACCCCGUUCCUGGGCUGGAACAGUAAGGACAGUGCCACCAACUGCACGGAACCCUGGGAUGGAGCCACCAACAGAAGCUGUUGCCUCGUGAAGUGUCUGUUUGAGAACGUGGUCCCCAUGAGCUACAUGGUGUAUUUCAACUUCUUUGGGUGCGUCCUGCCCCCGCUGCUCAUCAUGCUGGUGAUCUACAUCAAGAUCUUCAUGGUGGCCUGCAGGCAGCUUCAGCACAUGGAGCUGAUGGACCACUCCAGGACCAUCAUCCAGCGGGAGAUCCACGCCGCCAAGUCCCUGGCCAUGAUCGUUGGCAUUUUUGCUCUCUGCUGGCUGCCACUACAUGCCAUCAACUGUGUCAGUCUCUUUCAGCCAGCCCGGGCAAAGAAUAAGCCCAAGUGGGCAAUGAACACGGCCAUUCUCCUGUCACAUGCCAACUCGGUGGUCAAUCCCGUUGUCUAUGCCUAUCGGAACCAAGACUUCCGCUAUACUUUUCACAAAAUCAUCUCCAGGUAUGUCCUCUGCCAGACAGGUGUCUUCAAGAGUGGGAACGGGCAGGCAGGGACACAGCCUGCCCUUGAUGUGGGCCUAUGACCGAGGGCCCGGCCUCUUCAAGAAGGCACACGUUCACA